CCUUUGGAUCAAUUGGUUUGUAGUUCUUUUGCAUUCCCGAGUGAAAAUCGGAUGGUGUUUUGGAAACGAUGGAUCUACAAGUGUAUACACAUUCGAUCCACUCAUGCCAACUAGGAAUUUCGUGUGCCUAUUGAUCAAAGCGUGGAUAAAUGCCAAAGUGAUUCAGUAAAAAUUUUCAGAUCAGUGCUAGCUCUAUUGCGCCAACUAGUUGUGAAGCUCCUUAAAAUAUUUGGAAUCAAGGAUUUAUAUGACAUGAAGUUGAUCCAUGUCCAAGCCAAUGAACUUCUGGGCAUCAUGUGCAAGCAGUUCUUAGAUUCAGAUUGUGAUCAAUGGGAGGACAGUAAAGGCUCUUAUGCCAUCUUCUAUGCUAUCGAGAAUGGGAUUUUAAAAUUUGUUGAUAAAAUAGCCAAAGAAAGUCCUAAAGUACUUAUGUGGAGCAAGAGUGAUGAUGAACGUUUUCCAAAUGCAUUAUGGGCAGCUAUAUUUCAUCGUCAAGCUGAAAUAUUUAGCCUUAUAUGUGGGGUAGCUGACAGGUAUGGAAGUCUAAAAUUUAGCUAUGAUAAACAUGGCAAUAACAUAUUACAUACGGCGGGAAAGCUACCACCUUCCACUUUGAUUAAUCGCACAGCUGGUGCAGCUUUUCAAAUGCAAAAAGAACUACAAUGGUAUAAGGCGGUGGAGAGCAUUGUCCCUCGCUACUGUGAGCUAAAAAACAAAGAUGGUAAAACUCCUAGAGAAUUGUUUACGGAGAGCCACAAGGAAUUGGUGAAAGAGGGAGAGAAAUGGAUGAAGAGCACAGCAACUUCUUGUACAGUGGUAGGUGCUCUUAUUGUCACCAUUAUGUUUGCUGCAGCCUUUACCGUUCCCGGCGGUAAUAACCAAAAUACAGGAUACCCAAUGUUCUUGAAGGACAAAUUGUUUAUGCUCUUCAUAAUAUCCGAUUCCAUAUCGCUCUUUUCUUCUUCGACCUCAGUCUUAAUGUUUUUGGGAAUUCUUACGUCACGUUACUUAGAAGAAGAUUUCUUGAAAUCCUUGCCAUCGAAGAUGAUAAUAGGUCUUUCCACUCUCUUCUUUUCAAUUGCAACCAUGGUGAUAGCAUUUUCUGCUGCUCUUUUAAUUAUGUUACGUGAAUAUUCAUGGAUUUUCAUUCCAGCCAUUUGUUUGGCAAGUGUUCCUGUCACCCUGUUCGUGUGGAUGCAAUUCCCACUUCUUGUCGAGAUGGUCAUUUCAACUUUCGGACCAGGUGUCGUCAAUAGGAAAAUAAGGAAGUGCUCGAAAUUAUGUACCUACUUAUCGUCAUGCUGCUCCUGAAAGAAUACCUAUGGUUAAAAAUAUAAACCCUUAUUGGGGUUCAUUAAUGUUUGACGAACAAUUGGAGAUGAUGAUUUUUCUAUUUUCAUUUUCUUGUACGGAUGACAGAUGAAUUUUCAACAACUAGCUCAUGUUGCUAAUUGCUAAUCCAUUAGAUGUUUUUACGCUUU